UAUAUAAAAGUAAGGAAUUGUCAGAAUUCACCUUUUCAUUGUCUUUAGUUUGAUACGAGGAGAAUUGUAAUUAUGAGAACUUUAUUGAUAACAUGUGCCUUGGUGGCGUCUGUGUCCGCAGCGUGUAUUCCUGGCGGAUAUUGUCCAGUUACUGAUCCCAGUUCUAACGCCGACGUACAAGAAAUGGCCCAGUUUGCUCUGACUGCGUAUGCAGCCAAAUCACACGACGUCUCGGCAUGUGAUGGAACUUUCUCAGUCAAACAUGCUAGUAGACAGACAGUUGCGGGUUUUAACUACAGAAUGACUGUGGAAGCCACCUGUGAUGGACAAAAAACCGUGUGCGAGUUUACUGUGUUUGACCAGUCCUGGACCAAAACAAGGGAACUGACCUAUGACCACUGUACUACUAGUCAUAAGCGGGCAGCACUGGCCGGAGGCUUAUCUCACGCGGACACCAGUAGCGACCAGUUCCAGGACGCCAUGGAAUAUGCAGCGUCCCAAGUCGACAUGCAGAGAAAUAGCAUGUACAAAACAACUCCUGUUCACUACAGCCAUUGCUUCCAGCAGGUUGUAGCUGGUAUAAGAUAUGUUUGUGAUGUUACCCUCACCGAGAACUCGUGUUUGAAAGGAGACACGAGAGAUCUUUCUCUAUGUGCAGUAAAAAGCAAUGGGGAAUCCACCACCUGGCACGUGGAUAUCGUGUCUCAGCCCUGGAUGUCUAACAAGUACACAAUCCAAACACUCACAAUGAAGCAGUAAAAUGGCAUCUUCAUUUAACAACCUUCGUGGCAUGGAAGCUAUCACAUUUGAUUAUAACUCAUCUACUCAAAGUGAUCCUGCUGUAUGAGAUCAAGUUAAUUUAAUGUAUUGACAUUUGAUAUUUACAUGUAGUAAAGCUUUUCUACUUUG